AUGAACAAACCGAGUGUAUACGAUUUCGGUAUCGACGACGAUUCGGUUCCACCGAUAGAACGAUCCGUUGACAUAACUGAAAACGUUCCACCGACUGUCGUUCAACGAUACUUUGAAUCUCGGUACGCCACGAACGUCAACGACAAACCCAACCAGGACUACAGUGUGUUAAUUCAUUCCAACAACCUGUGCAUCUUGUCGCUGGCAUCCACUCAUGUUUUGAUGGGCAAAACCAUCGACAAAAUAGAUUUCCAAGUGUCAGAGAACACUGAUCGCCUCAGCAAUAAUAUGACGGGAAAAGGAAAACGAGGAGCUCAAAUUGUGCAGGCCGGGUCAACUCUGUGUAAGGUCCACUGUUCCGACGGCGAAGAGCAUAAAAUACUGUCGGCCAUUCCAGGCAAACUAGUGCAAAUGAACAGUAAACUAGCAGACACUCCAAACAUAAUGUUGGACAAACCGGACGAUCUUGGAUUUAUAGCUAUAGUGUUACCACAAAAACAGAGGUUUGAAAAAAUCAGAGAUGGACUGUUGACCAAAGAACAAUACACGAUUAGAAAUUCUACGGUUUGA